AUGUUAGUGGACAUUGUUUUAUAUGCACUAGACAAUCCUGCACCAUCAAAUUUGUUGGUAAUCUCAAAAGACAUCUCAGAAGAAACAGCGCUCUUCACUCUUCUUCAAGCUUUGGAUUCGAAAGGUUACAAUAUCCUCGUUGCACAGACUGAGGAAGUCGCAUCAGCAGUUCUACAUUGUACUGAAAGCUCGAAUCGGCAUUUGAAAAGACUAUUUGGUCAUAUCGGAAGCACACCCAACAAGGGGAAGAAGCCAAAACAUCAUGUGGUUUUGAUCCCCAUAUGUUUCAGAUCAAAUCUUGCGAGUCAUGGUUAUGAUGGUGAGGUGUCAAUCCGGGCUUAUUGUGAGGAGAAUAUGAGCCUGGAUAUCACUUUGAUACGCACAGGAGAUAGAUCUACCAAAAUGUUAAAUGACAUUCUUUUCUGGGCACUGGAAAAUCAAAAAGCAUCACAAAAUUUAUCCCAGAUCACUUGUAUGAUGUUCUGCAAGCUUUGA